GUCUGGAGAGUUGCAGCGGCAGCGCCAAGUUCCUCGGGGGUUUCCGCGAGGUGGCGCACAUGCUGGAAUCGUGGGACCCGACCAAUUCCCAUUCCAAUUCCAACCAGACCGCCGCACCGUCGAAGACCGAGGUGGUGAAAGUGGACGCGACGCCGCCCAUCACGACCAUCCACUGCGACAUCCACGUCUCCGGUGGAACUGAGGUGGAAGGCGCCCCACCCUCCGCCCCAGCUGGCUUCCCUGAACCCCUGCCGCCGCCCCUGAGCGACGCCGUCAUCACCACCCUCAUCGCCGAAGCAAUGGACCCGCCGCCCAUACCAAUGCCGAUUCCCGACCCACCGCGUGCCUUUAAGACCCAAAUAGUGACUUUUAAUGACUCAAAAUAAGAGAGAAAACAUUAAUAAAAAGACGAUAAAAAGGGAAAAAAAAAAGAAAAAAAUAAAGUUAAAAAAGAAAACAGUGAUAAUGUGUCCAGCUGAAAUAUAAUGUUGCUUGUACUUUUUUCUUUCUUUCUUUAAUGUUCAGUUUUGUUUAGUAAAAGCUGAUUGUGGGCAUGUUUUGUACGGCUGUUCCUGUUCAGUGAGCGAAGCGAGUGAAACAGAAGGUGAACGUCCCGGUUUUCUUUCACUUUUAAAUCUUUGACUUCGUCCUCUCUCUCUCUCUCUCUCUCUCUCUC